AUGUCUGUCUCACGCGACGUUCUAGAGGCCCUCUCAGCCACCCACGUCCGAGAUCCCAUCCCUCUCGAGGCCCUCGCGCCAGUUCUCAACUCCAAGCCCUUCAUCCCGAGCAAAUCCCUCAUCAACGUCCGUGACCUUGGUGCUGUUCCAGGCAGCGCCAUACGCCCGGGACUUAUCUUCCGCUCGGGGAUGCUCGACGCUGCAGCUGCUGACCCAGAAGCCAUCUCUUGGCUCGCGUCCAACGUCAAGACCGUCUUUGACCUACGUAGCGUGGAGGAGCGCGCCGCAUAUCCCAGCCCUGAGGUUCCAGGAGUUGAGUUUGUCUACCACGAGCGUGUCGCUACAUAUCCCCAGCCUACUCCUGCCGACUUUGCUGUGGAUGAUGGAAGCACUGCUUGGAGAGAGCAGCUCAUAGCUGUGAUGGCAGCAUACAAGCCUUCUCUCCGGGCCGUCCUCCAGCACGUGAAGGAUGAACCGGAUGAGCCUUUCCUCUUCCACUGCACUGCUCCUUACUCUACCAAAGCUGGCCGUGACCGCACAGGCGUCACAGCAGGGCUCCUCCAGACCCUUGCCGGCACACCAGAGAAAGACGUCAUCCUGGACUACAUGCUAUCACGCAUCGGGACCGAGCCAGCGCGUGAGCGCCUAGUCGCCUUUGUCAAAGACAACAUUGAUGUGCAGGACUAUGAGGUGCCCGGCUUUUGGAACAUGGUCAGCCUGCGUCCGACCUUUUGGAAGGCCUUUGUUGGUGGUGUUGAUGCUAAGUACGGAGGCUGGGAGGGCUACGUCAAGGGUCUGGGGUUCUCGGAGGAGGAACUGAAGACUAUCAAGAAUAACCUAAGAGGCUGA